CAGCCCUCGGAAACGGAAGUGAGCCGCGGGGUCGACUGACGGUAACUGGGCAGAGAGGCUGUUCGCAGAGCUGUUGAAGAUGAAUGCCAGGGGACUUGGAUCUGAGCUCAAGGACAGUAUUCCAGUUACUGAACUUUCAGCAAGUGGACCUUUUGAAAGUCAUGAUCUUCUUCGGAAAGGUUUUUCUUGUGUGAAAAAUGAACUUUUGCCUAGUCAUCCUCUUGAAUUAUCAGAAAAAAAUUUCCAGCUCAACCAAGAUAAAAUGAAUUUUUCCACACUGAGAAACAUUCAGGGUCUAUUUGCUCCACUAAAAUUACAGAUGGAAUUCAAGGCAGUGCAGCAGGUUCAGCGUCUUCCAUUUCUUUCAAGCUCAAAUCUUUCAUUGGAUAUUUUGAGGGGUAAUGAUGAGACUAUUGGAUUUGAGGAUAUUCUUAAUGAUCCAUCACAAAGUGAAGUCAUGGGAGAGCCACACUUGAUGGUGGAAUAUAAACUCGGUUUACUGUAGUAGUGUGCUGUUCACGGAAACUGAGGGCUGCAUCUUGUUUAUAGUCGUCUUUGUACUGUAAUUUGAUGUACACAACAUUAAAAGUACUGACACCUGAGAAUUUCUGCUCAAGUAGCAUCAGUGAUCAUUUAAAAUUUGGGGGCAUCUUUGGUUUACAGCCAUGUGACAAUUAAAAGCACUAAAGGGGGAUCAUGUUAAAGCUCUUAAAUUAUAUUAAAACAAUAGCCUUUGUCUUUAAAAAAAAUGUUGCUCAUGAAUAUUAUAAAAUGAUCUACAGGUUUCAAUUCAACCUGUUUUCUAAGUUUUCUGUAAACUUAGUUUUGAAUAAGCAUAAGCAUUUGAGUCUGUAAACUUUGUAGUAGCAUCUUUCAGAAUAAACAUUUUUAAUUGAUUUCAGUGGCAACUCUUCAAAUUGAGUACAAUAUGAGAUAUAUCAGUAUCGUCCAUUAACACUCGUAAGAAUAACAUUUACUGUCUCAGUGCUAUUUUAGGGUUAUAGCUAUUCUUUGAUUCAGGGUUGAAAAGUAGAAGUUCUAAAGUUUUGAUUUUGGUCUGGUCUUUAAGUGAAAAAUUAAAGCAACCGGUAGAUGUAGGUUAAACUUUUACUUCAUAGACUUAUUAUGUAAUUACCAAGCAACACUGUUCAAGAAAAGUAAAACUCAUUUUUUCUUGUUGUUAAUUUAUAUAUUACAAGAUACCAUAAGAUGUUCUGUAUGAAGUUGGUAUAUACAAAUUUACAUUUUUAGAACAUUAGUGAAUGGGUCGUCUUUUACAAUUAAAAGUAUAUUUUGAUUAUCAAUUUCUUGGGAGCAUCUUUGAUUAGAUAAAUUACUGAUUUGAAA